UUAUUCCAGUUCAUUUGCUGACACAGACAUUGCUGAGGGAUCUCAUUCCUGUGUAUCUAGCCUUCCCAUAUCCAAUACCAGUUUACAACUUGAAUGAUACUUAGCUAUCUCCAACUUCAUGUAAUUCCAUAAAAUCAGAUGGCAGACUGGUGCCGCCGCCAUGUCCAGUUUCGAAGACGCGGACACGGAAGAGACAGUGACGAGUCUGCGGGUCACCGUUUACCAUCCUGGCCAGACACAAAGUGGGAUAUUCCAAUCGAUAAGGUUUUCUAACCCGGAGAAGCUCCCUUCCAGCGAAGUGGUGAAAUUCGGCCGAAAUUCCACCGUUUGUCGCUAUACUUUUCAGGACAAGCAGGUUUCCCGAGUUCAGUUCUCACUGCAGCUGUUUAAAAAGUUCGACAGCUCCGUCCUCUCUCUAGAAAUCAAGAACAUGAGCAGGAGGACCGGCCUGCUGGUGGGCGGCACGGAGCUGGGCUACCUCAACAAGGUGGAGCUGCCCUACAGGUGCGUGGUCCGCUUUGGCGAGUACCAGCUCCUGGUGGAGAAGCAAGAUGGGGAGUCCCUGGAGUUUUUCGAGACUCUCUUCACGAUGUCUCCCAGACCCCUCCUGCAGGAACACGGCUGGCCCGCAGGCAAGCCCACCCCUGAGCUCUGCAGGCCCCCGCCAUGGUCCGCCCAGACCACCUGCCUGAGCGCUUGCCCCACGGAAAUGGAUGAGAACGAGUGUUAGCGAGCCCAGAGGCGGGAGCGCUGCGCGGACGCAGACAGCUGCCUGCGCCUGGCGGCGGCCUGCCGAUGCCCGGAGCCUGUCCCUCGUGGGAGGCACCGACUUGGUCGCCUGGCUUACUGGAUGGACUGAGGGUUGGUGCACACGGCGUGUUGUGAUGAGUGCUGACCAAUAGGGUGGCAGUGUUUUCUCUUUACACCUCAUGUUAGUCCCGUGCUUUGCUUUGUAAGAACCAUCUCUUGGGAACGUUAUCUCACAGCAGCUGUUGGUUUUAAGGCCAAAGCUACAGGAGGGUGGCUGUGAUCGCUGCUGGUGUUGCACGCAGCCUGCGGGUCGCUGGGCACCAGGCAUGGUGGGAGCGUGUGUGAUAGUGUCUGCGCAUCGCUGUGGCUUUAAUAUGGCUUAGUGUUCUCCAAGAAUAAAAUUCUUGUCUAUAAUCAGUACUUAAAACAUUUUAAUGAACCACUGUGCUACAUGCAGAAGUAUGUUUUCUUACCUAAUUUUAAACUGAUUUUUAUGUCCUUUUAAAAUGUUUAAUUCCACGAAUUCCAAAUGUUAACAGCACCAGUGCAACUAAUAAAAUCUAACUUUAAUUCUC